GCCGCGGCGGCUGCGCGCUUCCCGGCCUGCCGGCAGGAGCCUCGGAGAAACCCCGGCUGAGCUCUGCAGAGCUGGCGGGCCGGGCCUGGACGUCCCGGUGCCGGAAGCCGGGCCCGCCUCGCCGGUGAUGCCAGCUUGCUUGGCCUGAGCCCCGCCGUCCCGGGGACGUGGCAACUUGGUGAGGGGGACAAGGCUCGGGGCUAGACAGCACCCAACCUGGCCACUCCCUCCUGGAGUCUGCCUUUUGGAGUCUUGAUCCCAGGCCCAGAGGCAAAGAGGACUUCGGGCCAGCAAGUUGAACCACCAGUGGGCAUCGCCGUGGAGGCAGCAGGUGGAGUGAGUCUGAAGCCAGCAGAUGAGCAGACAGAAACUGAAAGAUCCCAAAAAAGGAUGAGGGAGAGGGCCCCACCGAACUGGAGCACAGUCUGGCUGCUGGCACUGUGCCUGGCCUGGCUGUGGACCCGCUUGGCCACAGCUGCCUCACAGCCUCCAACUGCUACAGUGCUCCUGCAGCAGGGCACCUGCGAGGUAAUUGCCGCUCACCGCUGCUGCAACCGGAACCGCAUCGAGGAGCGCUCCCAGACUGUCAAAUGCUCCUGUUUUUCUGGCCAAGUGGCUGGCACCACGCGGGCAAAGCCCUCCUGCGUAGAUGCCUCCAUUGUCCUGCAGAGGUGGUGGUGCCAGAUGGAGCCCUGUCUGCCAGGGGAGGAGUGUAAGGUGCUCCCAGACCUAUCAGGAUGGAGCUGCAGCAGUGGACACAAAGUCAAAACCACCAAGGUGACACGAUAGCUUUUGGGGGUCACAGCCUGGACAGGACAGGCUUGAUUAAGCCAUGGACUGAAGACUGGUGUCAUGUUGUUAGCCAGCAAAUUUGGGGAUUCACCUACCUGGACACAUGUCCCAUGCCAGGGCACCAACAGUCUUUCCAGGAGCUUUUCAAUGAAGCAGCUUGGCAAAUAUGGAUGGGUCUUUGGCGACAUACCUAGGAUUGAGCUGAGCUCUUCUGGGGACACAGAAAAAGGUCAAGACAAAACUCCGGCCCUUAAGGAAUGUCCAGUCAAGUUGGGGAGUUGAUGACAGACAACUGAGAUAAUUUUGAUUAAAGUGUAUCAGACUGCUACUGAGCCACAGGGCACAAAGACAAGUGGUCAUAUUCACCACCCACCACCUCUGUCUUUCACAUCAGUCCUGAAUCCCCAGCAAGCUGCUAACAUGUUGAAGGAAAACACUCUCUCUGUAUUCCAGAGCUGUAGUAUCGGGAUUGCAUUGACCUAGGGAAGGAACGCUAAAAUGAGGCCAUUUUUCUGCCUGAGCUUCUGCAGAGGCCUGGGCUGGUUCAGGCUAGUCAUUGGGUAUGGAAUGGAUGGACCUUAAAAUCUCCCCCAUCCAAGAACCUCAUGUUUUUGUUUGCUUGUUUUUAGCAGAUGAAAAAACUGAGUCUUAGAGAAGUGGGGUGUGACUCACCCAAGAUCUCAUAGCCUGGGCUCCUCUAAGCUGGUGACUUUCC